AUGGAAACUCAAAUAGCCGACUUUGAGGAGGUCGAGUCGGAAUGGGCAAUCGACAAGAUACUCACCCACUCAGGUAAACGGGCAGAUUCCACAUUUCAAAUCCUCUGGAAGUCAGGGGACAUGACUUGGCUGUCCUACGAUCAAGUAUCCGAUUUAAGCGCGCUAAAAGACUAUUUUACAGUGCUGGGCAUAGAAGAUGUCUCAGAAUUAGAGGAGGGAACCGGGAAUCUCCCAGCUGGAGAUUCCCAGGUGUCAGUUGGGCACCUGGACCUCGACGACUCGGCCUAUAAAAACCCGGUCGUCAAUUCCUCCUCCGCUGUCCCCUCACUAUCCUUCACCACCAACAACACUCUACUACUAUUCACUUGUCAAAUCAUAGAACCUGCCAUGGCGCCACUCCUCACCCACAUUGGCGCUCAGUGCUUCACCCUACCCAGUGGCCUGGGUGACGGGGACCUGAUGGUGGUCCUCAACAUGGUCCGUGCCUAUCUCGAGCAUGACACGCACUUGCGCUCUGGCACCGCUGCUGACUGCGCUACCCCCGUUGGAUUCGGGGACUUCGCCCUGGCAUUCAACAUGAUGCAGGUAACGAACGGACUCACCUCUCGUUUGGUGGAGGAGUCCUCGGAGGGACUGCGUAUCGGAGGUCCUUCCCCAUCCUUCACAGAACUUGUCGGUGAAAAACUGGCUUCCCAACCAAGCGCCAACCAACCACCGAUCCCUGAGGGCGGGCAUUGGAUUAACCCUCAUCACGCGGAGUUGUUAGAAGAGGCCCUAUGGAUGAACCUAGAGACCACUAAGCGUCAGAGGGAGUGGCGAGACUGCAGUAUUACAGAACGCAGGGCGGCAAAGCGCGCCCGCCAGACAGCUAGCACUCCACUGGAGUACCAUGUCGGUGCCGAUCCGCAUCCUACACCGCGCACCAAUCCUCCUAAAGGUGGCGCAGGCCCCAGCGGUACUCGCACUAUUCCUCACUCACCGCGCGCUCCUACUCCCCAAUCAUCCACUCGCACUCAUGCAUCAGCUCGUAUGGAGAUCGACAAGGAAGAACCUGAAGAGCAACCUGGUAAAAGUUCCAACAAAGUUGAAAAGGAGCUCACCAGGCAAAAGAAGAAGUGA